AUGAGUUUUCUUCCCCAAAAAGAAGGGCAGCAUCCUUCCAGAUGUCCAGAUAACAGUGCAUUCAAACAACAGAAGCUACCAGCUUGGAAGCCUCAGCUUACCAUUGCCACUGUGCUCUCCACCUUCUUCCUCACAGGCGCUUUCUGCCUGUCUGUGGGAAUCUGCCUCAUACUGUCCGCAAACAGGGUCAGAGAAGUCCAGAUUGAUUAUUCAGAUAAAUGCUCAGAUUGUUCAAAACUCCGUGAAAAUUCCUCUAACUGGAAUAAGGAGUGCCACUGUUCUGUUAAUUUCACCCUAAAGGAAGAUAUAUUGGGUGAUGUUUUUAUGUACUAUGGCCUGCAAAACUUCUAUCAAAACCACCGUCGAUAUGUUAUAUCAAGAAGUGACGCACAAUUGUUAGGUCGAAAUGUAAAUAUUGAGAAGAGCUACUGCGCACCCUUCACCACGUACCAAAAUGGGACACCCAUGGCUCCAUGCGGUGCUAUUGCCAACAGCAUGUUCAAUGAUACCAUUGAUCUUUUUUACAAUCUUAAGUCAUCUGUUAUUCAAGUACCGCUGCUGAAGACUGGAAACAGUUGGUGGACAGAUAAAAAUGUGAAAUUUCACAAUCCAAAAGCAUACAAUCUAUCUUCUGCAUUUGCAGGGACAGCAAGACCUCCUUACUGGUGGAAACCAGUAUACUUGUUAGACGAGGAAGAUGAAAGGAACAAUGGUUAUUUAAAUGAUGACUUCAUUAUCUGGAUGCGAGUGUCGGCCUUUGCUACAUUCAGAAAUCUUUACCGUCGUGUCCACCGGAUAAGGCAGUUUGCAGCUGGCCUCCCAGCAGGGAAUUACACUUUUCAUAUUUCCUAUAAUUUCCCUGUUACCAAAUUCAAGGGGAGGAAGCAUGUGAUUCUUUCAACUGUGGUGUGGUGUGGGGGAAGUAACCCAUUCCUGGGAAUCGCCUACGUGGUUUCUGGUGCAGCAGCAACCCUGACAGGUUUUGUCAUAACUGCCAUCCACUUAAAGCUCAGAAAAAAGAAAACCUACUUUCAGAAGUAAUAAGGUUCCCUGGCUUUCUCGAGAAAGGCAAAGGUGUGCUGUAAAUGAAGAACAUGCAGCACAGACUUUUCGUUCUUUCACCUGAGCUCUGGAUCUGUUUCAGUAACAGGUUUGGUGAAUG